UCAACUGCCACUAGAUUAUUGGCGCUUUUAAAUAACUGUCGUCUCUCCAUUUUGAAUCAACAAAUUUUAAGUUCGUUAACUUUGUUCGAUCUUGAUUGUGUUAUUAAAUUUAUACUUUAUUUUCAGGUUUACCAUGGCUAGUGCAUAUAAAAUAGAUGAUUUCUUUAAAAUUGAAAAGAUUGGAGAAGGGACUUAUGGCGUCGUAUAUAAAGGAAAAAAUAAGAAGACUGGAGAAAUGGUGGCGAUGAAGAAGAUACGAUUGGAAAAUGAAGACGAAGGGAUUCCUUCCACAGCCUUAAGGGAAAUGUCAUUACUGAAAGAACUUAAUCAUAAAAAUAUAGUUACAUUACUCGAAGUCAUAAUGGAUGAACCACGGUUGUAUCUAAUAUUUGAGUACUUAUGCAUGGAUUUGAAGAAAUAUUUGGAUAAAAUUGAAACAGGUAAACUUAUGGAUCCUAAACUUGUAAAGAGUUACUUAUAUCAAAUAAAUGAGGCGAUAUUGUUUUGCCAUCAACGUAGAAUUAUACAUAGAGAUUUAAAACCACAGAACUUACUAAUAAGCAAAGAUGGUUUAAUUAAGAUUGCAGAUUUUGGUUUAGGCAGGACAUUUGGAAUUCCCGUGAGGAUUUACACUCACGAAGUGGUUACUCUUUGGUAUAGAGCACCAGAAGUGUUAUUAGGUGCCCCAAGAUACUCUUGUCCUGUAGAUAUUUGGUCUGUUGGAUGCAUUUUUGCUGAAAUGUCGACAAGAAAACCCUUAUUUCAAGGAGAUUCUGAAAUAGACCAAUUAUUCAGAAUUUUUAGAGUUUUAAGAACACCAACUGAAGAUAUCUGGAAUGGCGUAUCAACUUUACCCGAGUAUAAAGCAAUAUUUCCUAACUGGACUUCGUAUACCUUAUCCAAGCAAGUAAAGAAUUUAGAAGACGAUGGUAUUGACCUACUUUCAAAGAUGCUGAUAUAUGAUCCAAGCAAAAGAAUAUCUGCCAAGUCAGUAGCUUCACAUCCUUAUUUCAAAAAUUUAGACCUCAAAGUUAAACCAACAAUUGUAGAAAAAGACAAAUAAUUGUGAUUAUUGUAGUGUA